UUAAUUGGUGUGUGUUUGAGUGAUGUCUGAGUCUCACGGCAUCGGCAUGCCCUCUGCUGCCACGGCGGACGGUGACGGUGGCGAUGCAGGUACACCACAACCAAUUACAUCCCGCCACAUUCCUUCGUGUGGUUGUCGUUGUCCGUUUCAUUGUGUCUGCAGGCGACGUAGACGAGAAGGGGCAUGGCGGCGGCGGACCAGCAGAGGACGACAAUCGCAAUGGCAUCGGUGAUAGUGGUGAGUGACUGACAAAUCAUGCCACAUAGACCAGUCGACACACCAGCAGCACAGCACACUGAUGUGUUCUCUGUCGGUGCGUCGCCUGUGUCUGUGGUCAGACGAGCAGCAGAAGGAGGAGGGCGGGGUGGCCGACGAGGAGCCAGGCCCUCAAGCAGCAGCAGCAGCUGAGAGCGAACCGGUGAGGCACUCAUUCAUGAACACACUCCCCGUCGAUAUGAUGUCCGUCACCUUGCCCCUUUGUGGCGUCGGGAUUCCAUGCAGGAGGAUGGUGCUGGUGCUGGCGACGACAGUGAGGAGUCAGAUGAGUACAGUGACUCAUCCGGCGACGACAGUGAGGUGGCGUACGAGGAGCAUGGUACGCCUGACAGACAGAUGUGACAAUGCUAUACACACACACUCGCUAUGUGCCCGCCUCGUGUGGUGGCUCUGUGCACCGCAGGUCAUCCUGUGGUGGCGGCCACUGGCGUGACUGUCCCUGAGGGCUGGGCGGGCCCCAGUGAAAUCGAGGUCCGCUUCUCCCCCGGCACCACCGAGGCCACCAAGCAGCUGGGGCUGGGCGUCAUCGGCCGCACCACCAUCGACCCACGCCAAGUGACCGACCUCAUCCAGCAGGAAGGAGCCGACCCAGACGUCAUGCCUCGGCUGCGGAAGAAGGGCAGCAAGUGUCGUGGCUGCGCCCACUCGCUGCUUUGUCUCGCCAUUGACAACCUGUUAGACCAUGCGAUACCGACCAUCCGUGCAAAUGCGGAGCGAGACUGGGUCUUCACCGGCCGUCCCGCUGUCCUACCGCGGUGGUCGUCUGCUGGGCUGCAGGCGGCCGUCAUGACGGCACUCAUCGACGGAGGCGCCGAUAUCAACGCGAUAGACCCCUACACGGAAAUCGAGGACAGGCCCCUUGGAGUGGCGAUCGCAUCCGGCAACGCGACGGCCUUCGAGCUGCUAAUGGCGCAGCCCGGCAUCGGCCUGCAGGGGCACAGGGUGAUGUGGCUGCGCCAACCGACAAGCUCCCUUCCCCCCGAGUAUGUGGAUGUGCUCAUGUCGAUGUAUGAGCGCCUCAUCCGAGAGGACCCCACCCUCGCCGCCGAACGAGACAGGGGCAGCAAUCUGAUGCACAUUGCCGCCUGGCGGGCGCGGGGGCUCUACCCCAAGUCGUUCAUCGACAGCUACCUAGACCUCAUCACACAGCACGGGGCCGAGAUGACGGCAGUGUGCGCUGGAGGGACACCACCGCACGACGCGACAGAUUGGGGCUCUCCCUACGUGGCUGACUACCUCUGCCGCAAGCUGCCUGCUGAGCACAUCGACAGAUGGAACGAUUCCCCUCACCGGCUCGAGAGCAGCACGUCCAUCGAAAUAGCUGCCGAGAAGCUCGAUGACAACACCCGACGGCUCCAGCUCCCCGACACCCGAGGACACCAAGGAACGGAAUCGCGCCGAGAGUGACAGGUUCAAGCGGAUCAUCCAUUCGCUGCUGCGGGCGGGCGCCGACAUCAAUCAGAUUCUCACCCCCACAGCCACAGAGUGGCGCUGCCGUCGUCGCCAGCUGGUGCUGACCGAGUACCCCACGGUGCUCAACGAGGUGCCCGUUGCCGUCAUGUCGGCCGUCAACGCCGCCCUCGCCCCCGCCGUCGGCCCGCAGGAGGCCCCCAUCUUCGGCUGGCGCAUCGCGUCAUACGUCUUCGACAUGGACGCCGCCCAGGAGGCCGUCAGUGAGGCCAUCGGUGUGCGGCACACCGACAUGGCCCGGCGUGUGUGUGCGGCAGCAGAGCACCUCGUCAAGUCGGCGGUGUACCAGGCCAGCAGCAACAGGGCGGUGGUGGGGGGGUGUGGGGGGGCGGCGGAUGUGGGCGGCCAGGUGGUGCGUGUGCCGCAGCUGCAGUGCUUUGUGGUGGGCGGUGUGGGCGGCCGCAAGAUGGAGUUGCGUGAGGUGGUGCAGCGGGCCGUCCUGGACGAGGCGGCCAAGUGGGGGCUGACGGGGGCGAUCGACAACGGCUUCAGCAAGGAUGCGGCUUCCGUCGAGUGGGGGGCGGUGGGGUGGGUCGAGAGGGGGCGGGACGGCAGACAGAUGUUCAGGUCGCUGCAGUUGACGUGAGAUGCGGACAUAGACAGGUUUGGGUGGCAGGGAUGUAGGCAGGUUGGGUAUUUUGAUGUGAGGAUGGAUGGAUGGUUGUUGGUGCCUGACCCACUCGAGUGCUUCCCUGUCGGCCGCGGACAGAUGGGCUGGGGGGUGAAUGGAUGGAUGGAUGGAUGCCAUUGGAUGAAAGGCUGGCAGAUGGAGAGCCAUCACCCUCAUGUGUUCACGACGCAUCCACUGAAAUGCCAUGUAAACGAACGAACGAACCAGUGGGGUGGUGGCUCACCUGCUGCCUGCAGUGCACGUGCACAGUACAGAGACGGCGGCUGACCGGCUGGCGCACAGGGCGAGUGUUUCAACGCUAGCUGGUGUGUACGGUGUGAGUGUGUGGAUUCCGUGUGCCCAAUGAAACAGCGCCAACAAGAGCUUUAUCAAUGAUGCGUGGG